GGUAUAAAGAGAAGGGAUUGGAGAGUCCCUGAAACGAUAGCACUCCCGAACGCGCACCCUGCUGCCACCCUCUGCACGCACUUCUCUUGUACUAACAUUACACACUAGCUAUAUUUAUUAUCUCUAGAAUCAAGUAUGAAGUAAUCAAUUUUAUUACAAGAGUAUAUAUACAAAUUAUACAUAUAUUCUAAUUAUAUGUAAGGCUUGUAACAAGAAAAAUAAAAGUAACCAUAUAUUAGUGUUUUACAUAUACUUUAUAAUAUCAUUUACGUCUAGAUAUGUAAAACAAAGUACUAAAAAAAUUAGUUGCCUUAUUGAGAAGAUGAACUUUAAUGAAUAUCUUAACUCUAUUGUUUGGUGAAUAUUUUUCCUUUUUUUCAUUUACUUUUAAUUCGUAGAAUAUCACUUUAUAAGAAAAUACGCAUAUUGAAUAAACAAAGAAAAAAAUAAUUAACAAGAACCCGUCUACCAUCCCAGUAUCGGUCUCGACAGCCGCUCUGUGCCUUCUUAUUGCCUUCAUAAUUAUAUUCCUUCAAAGUGCCCUCCUCGCAUGGAUACGCCAAGCAAGUGGAGUCUCUUAAUCAGACACUGCGCACUUGCCAUUCACACUACGGGUACAAGGUCUAUUCCACAAGCCAUUUCGGAGCAACACGUUGUCUUUGUAUCCUCUUCCUAACAAUCUAUUUGGAACCCUCUCAAAACCACUCUCUAUCAUCUGUUCCAGGGUAUUUACCAUCCUACCCAUAUAUAAUGGGUAAUCAUAGGUAGGUUUUAUAAUGAUGCAGUCAUAGUUUACGCAAGUAGCAUAGCCACUUGUUGGCUCAUGAAAACCCAGCAGGUUUCAUGCACGGUCUGCAAAGUGUCGUGGGUUUCGACCGUUUCGACGUAGCAGACACCUUCCCCACCACGACUCACGAUUGUACUGACGCCAGCGUCAACUGUCGGCUAUGUCCGGAAGCUCGUACGGUGUCAUGCGCAUGCGUCGAGCAUCGUUCAUCCCGCCUGCAGACGAACCGAAAUAAAUCGAACAACGCUGAGCGGAUCAGCAGCACGGUGCUCGCUGGACGUGAACGCUCGCGCAGAGUGAUGAUCAAAACGAGUUGUUGUUUUUCGUGGGCCGCGCGACGACAAAGCCGUGAUCCACGCUGAAAGACUGGAAAACCCAUCGAGAACAUUUGAUAUCGUUCGCGGCCGCAGCCACGGAUGCAUAUGGAGGUGUCCCCGAACCGGCGCUGCCUGAACCAGCUCAACAGCUGAUCGGAGUACGAAGCGGCGGUGAACGGGGCCACUAUUGCACCACCACCCCGCGAAUACGAGAAAUCACGUACGACACCUAUUGAGUAUCCAGUGUAGUCCUGGUGAAAAGUCGCAGCAAGAGGAAGGAAGUAAAAGUAGCAAGGAGAGUCGUUGGAGCCCCGAGGGUCAAACUUUUGAGGAGUACCUGACGAGGAUAAGGAAGGGAAAAAGAAAAGAGAACGUAAAAAAAAAAAAAGAACACAAAGCCAAGAUACUUUUCGGUAGCUUGGAUCACGCCAUCAUGGUCAAAACUUUUCAAGCUUACCUGCCCUCCUGCCACCGCACUUACUCGUGCAUUCACUGCCGUGCUCACCUAGCCAACCACGACGAACUCAUCUCUAAGGUGAGCUGCUACUUCACCAGGGUGAACGUGGGUUGCGGUCCUGCAGAGGAGCGAGUUUUGUUGACUGGCCUUCACGCUGUCGCUGACAUUUAUUGUGAGUGCUGCAAGACCACCCUUGGGUGGAAAUACGAGCACGCGUUUGAGUCGAGUCAAAAAUACAAGGAGGGCAAAUUCAUCAUCGAACUUGCCCACAUGAUCAAGGAGAAUGGAUGGGAGUGAACAUCGGGGGAAGUGUGAGGAUGGUUCGCGGUAUCCCGUUCCACCUCGCCGUGAUACUUCCCUCGCUGAUGAAGAAGCGCCUACAAUGUUGUUCUAAUUGCAAUGUGUGCGGCACCCUAUCUCCUGUUGAACCACCAACGAAAGUCUGUGAUUUCAUUUGUGAUUUGUAAUCUUAGUAACGUUUGCGUUUCGGACGGUUCGAGACCGAUUUUUCAUUUUGCCGAUCGAUUCGAGCGUGCGACGAUGACGGCGGCGUGAUCCGCGUCGGAGACGGAUCGGCCGUCCCCUAAGUAUUUGUAAAGAAAUUAUUUUUCGAGGAAAAACAAAUGCAAAAAAUAACGAUAGAAGUAUAAGGAAAUGACAAGUGUUAUAUAGAGACGCAAAAGCUGAGAAAGGAGAGGGAGUGAGAGAGAUACAAAGAAUUCACUAUUAGACGUAUGGAACAAAAAAAAAGAAAAAAAAAGAAACAAAGAAAGAAAUCGAGAAAUAAUAACGAAAAACAAUUAGUCACGUGUGAUGAGUCGGGAUGAUGAGUACUGACGAUCUUGGCGCACUUGACGAUAACAAUGAAGAGGAGACAGAAGGUGCCAUGCCGGAUAUGACGAUCAAAGAACCAGGAUGCUCUCUGCGAGCAGUGGGGUGCCCCUCUUGAUUUUCAUUUAUUUCUCCGUGAAGAGCGAGACAAAUGGCGUAUUGCGACGUCACUCGCGAGGAACGUUAAAUAAAUAAUUAAAACGUGCGGGGCACCCCGGCGACCAUUUUUUACAUGUUAUUAAAUGCACCGGAGCAGCGCGAGUGCCACAGACUUUGCUGGACCCGACUGCCUGCCUGCCGCGUCUAUCAUUGGAAUUUCACUGCCGAUAUUCCUAAUAUUAAUUAAGAUUGCUUGCGACGCGUCUAGGCGUCGCGGGACUGUAGAACUAGCGUUAGCCUACAUAAUAGCAUACUAAAGCCUAUAUUACAAUAUUAUGUAGGACUCAUGAAUGUAGACAGUAAGGAUAUGUAAGAGUAAGGCAAGAAGAAGGUGAGCAUGAAGAGAGGAGGGAGGGAGGUCAGAUUCAAGUGUGAUGGGGGGAACGAUCAGAGCGAGAGAGAGAGAGAGAGAGAGAGAGAGAGAGAGAGAGAGAGAGAGAGAGAGAAGAGUGUCGAUGAUAAACUAAUACAAAAAAAAAACAUCAUUUAAUAUAGUAUAUAAACGAAAAGGAAAAGCUCUGGGAUUAUCGUGUCCGUGUAUGUGUCUGAAUUUUACGUUCACCAUGCCUGCCAAACAAUCUGUUUGUCUGCCAGUUGCCACUAUUACUAUAUUAAUAACGUCGUAUCAUAACAACACAGGUUCACAUUUUUCGUCGGCUCCGCAGGGUGUGCUGUGACUGGAUCGUGUGUCGUUGUCGUCGUGAAUAUCACUAUUAUGGGACUGCGCCUUCCUAUGCACGCACUAAUUAAAUGAAGAAAAAAAAAAUAC